UCCUCAUCAGUUGCUUUAACGAGUUAACGAUAACAAGUCAGUGACAAUGGCAUCGUACAAACACAUCGCCCUCUCGGCAGUGGUGUUGGCCGUCCUGGCCGUUGGCAUCGGCGCCGUGAGUCUGACACAAGGCAGCCGUCAAACUGGGGAUACCCUCGCCUGCUACGGAGACGUGCAUUUGCCCGCUCAGUACGGCCGCAGUGUCAGUGCCUCGAGAAUUUGCAACGUGCCCAACCCGAGGCAGCUGAUCACCUUCAUUCAGGCCCAGGACCUCGGGACCCUAGGCAGAGGUGGCUACGCGCAAAUCACCAGCGGCGGACUGUACCAGAGAACCGUAACUGUGCACAUGUGGAGCCAACCUGGACAACCUCUUGACUUCAAUCUCAACGUUUUUGCGAAAUCUUACUAACAAGUUUUUGUUUUUCUCUCUUUUUUUUUUUUUUUUUCAAACAAAAUUAUUUCGUUUUAUGAAUACAAUAAAUUUUUGACGCGUGUGCGUGCGUGUGUGUUUGUAGUUGGGUACGGCCAACUUUACAUGAAUUAUUGAUUUAUCAUUGGUGUUACUGAUUUAAAUCUGUAAAUUGUCAUCCUGGAUGAAAAUUAAACACCUUACUGCAUACUCAUCAA